CUGUUCCCGCCUGCUUCCAAGGCUUAGCUGUUGGGUCUAGUCCCGACUCUAUCUUCGACUCAAGACAUUCCUCUCACCGACUAUUCUUCGCCCUGUCCCCACUUGCCCCUCGCCCCUAGUGGGUCCUUACCUGAGAUCCUGAUGAUGGGGUGAAACCUAACAAAGAGUAUCGGAGUGUAGUCAAGUUAAUGGUGGACCAGACUUCAUUACUGUUUGCGCCACUACAGGACUGUGUUGACCCAGGUUUAUAUAAGAAAAACUUCAAGGAUCUAAGCGCGUUUGUCAAGAUCAAGAUUGCAAAAAUUCACAGAGACAACCUUCGUCAGUGGUGGAUAGAAAACACCUUGAAUGGAAUUCCUCGAACUAUUAUUGGCUUGAGGACUAAUGAUGGAAUAGUGCACACAUUGAAAUAUUAUGAAGCUCGUGAACUAUUGGAGGAUGAAAGUGAAGCUGACGUGUGUGUUAACUUCUUGGUCCAAUUUUUGACUUUUGUGAAAACCAAGAUGGCUGCCGAUACCAAAGCCGAGUACAGAUUCGUCUGUGAGAGAAAUGGAAACAUUUACUGUACUAAGUUGCCAGAUUCUGCUCGUGCAAGCCUCCUGCCAAGCUGGUACACGGAGAAAAUAUUCUCCAAAGAUACAGGAAGUAAAUGUGAAAGCAAGAGAAAAUAAGAGUGAAAUUAAAGUUCGCAAAAGGGUGACAGAGGUUGGAUAUGAAUAGAACUACUCAAAGAAUUAGCUGUCUAAGGAAGUUCUUUGGGUAGCCAUGAUACUAGGUUGGACACUACUUCUGUUUGAGAGGUUCAAGUUAAGAAAAACUUGCAUAGUAUAGGCCGGUAGGCCUGCUGCAAUGUUUCUCCAUUCUUAUGUUAUUAUAAUACAUUAGAUGCUUGGUAAAUGUGGGUGCUCCAUUAUUCAUCUAAAUGAGGCCGGGGAGGGGAGGGUGUGUUUACAUAAAAGAAAAAUGCUAAUUUGAUGUUUUUUGUAUAAAUAGUUUUUAAUUUGUAAUGGUAAUAAUAAUAAUAAUAGUAAUAAUAAUAAUAAUAAUAAUAAUAAUAAUAAUAAUAAUAAUAAUAAUAAUCGUAAUCUUUAUUUCUACAAGUACAUGAUACAACUUACACAGAACUUGCUGGUGGACGGCCCUUGAUUAUGCAGAACAUUUCGGGCAACUUGGGUUAAUUUUGUCCCCAGGAUGCGACCCACACCAUUCGACUAACACCCAGGUACCUACUUACUGCUAGGUGAACAGGGACAACAGGUGUAAGGUGAUUAACAACUAGGUACCUACUUACUACUAGGUGAACAGGGACAGCAAGUGUCUUUAAAGGAAACACGCCCAAUAAAGGACCCCAAUGGAAAUAGGUCACUCUGACGUUUUGGGUUAUCCUAGAUACUUUACACAUAUGCUGCUAUAUAUGAUACUCUAUGUAGCUGUAUUUGUGUAUAUCUGAAUAAACUUACGACUUCCGCGUGUACCGGGGAUCGAAACACGGACCUCAGUGUGUAAGCUACGGGCACCAAGAGUCACAAUACACAUAAUUAUGCUUUUUUAUACCAUAUCUGCCAUGUUAAACAAAGAUCAUAUGAGAAUAAUGAAAAUCAAUAUGGUGCACUCGGACGAAAACUAAAACUUGUAAAUAUUGAUUAAUUUUAUAAAAAUGGUUAGAACAUAUGUGGACCCCCGGUUAACGAUAUUUUUUCACUCCAGAAGUAUGUUCAGGUGCCAGUACUGACCGAAUUUGUUCCCAUAAGGAAUAUUGUGAAGUAGAUUAGUCCAUUUCAGACCCCCAAACAUACACGUACAAACGCACUUACAUAAAUACACUUACAUAAUUGGUCGCAUUCGGAGGUAAUCGUUAUGCGGGGGUCCACUGUACUUUUAUUAUUAUUAAAGAUUCGCCGGUAUUCUUCCGGCCCGGGCUUUUUCCAAGUGGUGGCCCGGCCUUGGCUCCCUCUCUUGGGAGUGUCUGAGACCUAAGUCUCCCAUGGGAGGAAGCACAAGUACCUCCUCAUCUUUGGGACCAACUGUCCCCAGGCCUAGCCACAAGCUAGGCCUCUCUGGGCAUGGUGUCGAUGAGAGAACAUAUACAUACACCAAGCAGUCUUAUACAAAGACGAACAAUACUAGCGAUUACAAAUAAAAUAAAAUAUACCAUUUUAAUUUUCAGCUCCUAAAAUGAAUAAGCAAGUAAGUUUAUUUAGGCACAGGUAUACAUAACCACAAUUAUCAUACAUGGUGUAAGUUACCAAGAAUAUCUCGAAAAAGUCAAAGUAAUUUAUUUCUAGGUUAGGUUAGGUAAAGAUUAGCCGGUAUUCUCCCGGCCCGGGCCUUUUCCAAGUGGUGGCCCGGCCUUGACUCCCUCUUUAGGGAGUGUCUGAGACCGAAGUCUCCCAUGGGAGGAGGCACAAGUACCUCCUCAUCUUUGGGACCAACUGUCCCCAGGCCUAGCCACAAGCUAGGCCUCUCUGGUCUGCCAUCCCCGCCCCAAAGGAGCAAAUGGGAAUGACAGUCUUAUGAGCUAAAAGCUCGGACUCAGGCACCUACCCUACCCUAGAAGGGUUAGGCAUGGUGUCGAUGAUUUAUUUCUAGAAGGAUCCUUGUAAUAUCUUACUUAAACUUUAAAAGUUAAAACAGUUAAGUAACUCUAUGUGAAUAUCAGUUACAAUUAAAGAAAAUAUAAUAGGAAUAAGGUAAACUGAGUUAUUUAUAUUAAAGAGGGGAUCAGCUUACAAUAAUUGAUACAUAAAUGUUAGCAAUACAGGAAUGUAUUAAAUAUUUCUUAAUUGGUAUUUAGCCUAUUAGGUGUCGUAGAGCUCGAUUGGUAGCGCACUCAACUUACACGCUGAGGUCCGGGGAUCGAAUCCCCAGUACGGCCGGAAAACAUUAAGACGUGUUUCCUUAAGACACCUGCUGUCCCUGUUCACCCAUUAUUACAUGUACUUGUAGUAAAUAAGGAUUAUUAUUAUUAUUAUUAUUAUUAUUAUUAUUAUAUUAUGAGAAUUCUGUACAUGUGCAUAAUGACCGUAUAUAAAAAUUCAGUUAAUUUAUAAUAUAAUAAUAAUAAUAAUAAUAAUAAUAAUAAUAAUAAUAGUAAUAAUAAUAAUAAUAAUAAUAAAAGUCUCAUAACCAGGUUAGGUCGGGAAACAGGACAAGUGUUUCCUGACGCAGGUCUUAGUCAUAUGAUGACCCGCCACUGGAGCUUUUGGUCAUCUGACCGAGGCCUUCCGCUGGCUUACCCUUCCACCUUUAAAAAUUAUGGUCAUAGUUACAAACAUUCAGACCAACUUCUAGAAAAACUUACUGAUAUUUAUCAAAAACCUAUAUAUAAAAAAAAAUUGCACAUUAGAUAAGUUGAGAAAAAAAAUCAUUCCCAGAAUAAAAAUUAACAUACACCUUUCUUGACAGAUUAUUUUUAAUAUAAAAACAUCAAAUACCAUACUAAUAAAAAAAAAAUUGAUCGACACCAUGCCUAACCCUUCUAGGGUAGGGUAGGUGCAUGACCCCGAGCCUUUAGCUCAUAAGACUGUCAUUCCCAUUUGCCCCCUUGGGGUGAGGAUGGCAGACCAGAGAGGCCUAGCUUGUGGCUAGGCCUGGGGAGUUGGUCCCAAAGAUGAGGAGGUACUUGUGCCUCCUCCCAUGGGAGACUUAGGUCUCAGACACUCCCUAAAGAGGGAGCCAAGGCCGGGCCACCACUUGGAAAAGGCCCGGACCGGGAGAAUACCGGCGAAUCUUUAAUAAUAAUAAUAAUAAAAUCAAAUUUAAACAAGAAAUAAUACAUAUACUGAUUUUUCUAUAUCACUCCAGGUAUACUCCAGGUAUACUCAAGUAUACUCAAGUAUACUCAUCGGCGGAUAAUUCAAGGAUUAUUAUACAAAUAUGUAAUUCAAAUUGGAAUAUAGACAUAAGCUGAUAAAG